AGUUGGGCAAAAUGUACACUUAUAUCCCUAAGAUUUCACACAUAAAUGUGCUCAUCAUAUCUCUUCAACAUCUUUGAUCUUCCUCUUAGAAAUUUCUGGCAAGUUUUUGAGUUGAAUUCGGGUUAGGAUUAAAGGGGAAGUCUUGAUUUCAGCAUGUGAAAUUUGGGGUUUGAAGAUACCCCUGAGUGGCCAAAUCUCACUUCUUGGAGUUAAUAGGCUCUGAAUUAAAUGUGGGAUUUUGAAUCAAAACAUAAAGAUUGAGCAACAGUUAACGAAAUUUUGAAUUCUGAUGGUAAAUAAAUAAUAAAAGAAAAACACACAUGACACUCCUGUCUUUGUUUUGGUUACCCAUCUUACUUUGUAGCACCUUCCUGAGUUUUUAAUGAUCAUUGUGCAUAACAAUCUGCAGUUGGCAGAGAUCUUCACAGCUCCAGCAGUACAGUUCUUAAAAAGAAAAGGAUAAUUUCAUCCGCAGGGACAGAAUGGAAUCAGCUGACUUCUUUUCUCCUUAGGUGUCAACCUUAAGCCUAUUCAGAGGGCGUUCACUGUAGUUCCACCGUGAAGUCUUGAUCUCAGAUCUUGUUCUAUCUCUAUUUGUUAAAAAAUGUAAAUUAUAAAUUUAAAAAAGAGGAGAAAAUUUGAUGACCAAAGAUCACAAUAGGUUUAAAGUCUGUAAGAAGUCUUGGUUGAUUUGAAUUGUUUAUAUUAAUCUCGUCUCCUUUUAUAAUUGAUACUGGAAGUAAGCAGACAGUAAAUAUUGUGAUCUUAUUAUGAAGUCAUAUGGUAAUAAAGCAGUUUGUUAGAAUAUUCUAUUUGUGAAAAGAAGAAACACAGGGUAUUCUUGCAAUAAUUGGAUCUUCCAUAUUCCCUCCUUUCCAUGCAUGAGGAAGAUAUGCUGGGAUAAUAUAUUUCCGAGUCCCAGAAACAUACUUUUACACCAUGGCAAUCCCAUCUAAAAUACUGAUAAAAGGGAUCCAGUCAACAGCAUAUCUGCUGAACAUUUUGCUAUAUUUGACCCAUCAGGAUGAAAGUAUGUGGUAUAUACCAUGUGGUUUCUGUUGGCUGUUUGAGUUCAUCAUGUAUCUAGGGUAUAUUCUAGAUGGAAUCACUGAUGGGGGUGUUGAACCUCCUGCAGGUGAACUGUAUGGUAUGGAUAGGGAAGAUAGAAGUUUCAGUCAUCUCAAGGAUACCCUUGUUUCCUCUUUUGAGGCUGUGCUUUGCAUGGACAGUCUUCUUGUUCAGAAAGCAAGAUAGUGAGAGGAGGUUCUGUGUCUGUUUCCGUAAUUUGUCUAAGGGGAAGAUAGAAGUUCCUGUCAUCUCAAGAAUACCCCUGUUUCCUUUUUAAGGCUGCAUUUUGCAUGGACACCGUCUUGUUCAAAGAGCAAUAUGGUGAGAGGUGCUUGUCUGUGUCUGUUUCCGUCAUUCCUUUAUCUUGUUCCCUUAAUGAUUGGACAUGUUUCCUUUGAUUUCAUGUAGCAUUGAUGCAGUUUCAGACAGAGAUUUUGCCUUGGAGUUCCUGGCUGCCAAUUCUAUAACAGCCAUCCAUCUAUCUCGUCUUGGCGAAGAAUGGGUCUUGUGGGCUUCAGAGGAGUUUGGAUUUCUCACACCAAGUGACGCUGUAUCCACUGGUAGUAGUAUAAUGCCUCAGAAGAAAAAUCCAGAUCCAAUGGAACUAGUUCGUGGAAAAUCUGCUAGAAUUGUGGGAGACCUCAUCAGUGUUCUCGUACUGUGCAAGGGCCUCCCUCAUGCUUACAAUCGUGAUCUACAGGAAGAUAAGGAACCUCUAUUUGACAGUGUUAAAAAAAUCAUAGGGAUGCUUGAAGUUACUGCAGAAUUUGCGCAGAACAUUACUUUCAAUAGGGAGAGAAUACAAAAAUCUCUGCCGGCUGGUCAUCUGGAUGCCACAACACUUGCAGAUUAUUUAGUGAAGAAGGGAGUACCUUUUAGAACUUCACAUGAUAUAGUUGGAAGGUCGGUUGCAUUGUGCGUCAUGAAAAAGUGCCAGCUUUCAGAGUUGACCCUUGAUGAGCUGAGAAGUAUCAAUCCAGUAUUUGAAGAGGAUGUUUAUGACUUUCUCGGAGUUGAGAAUGCAGUCAAGAAAUUCUGCUCAUAUGGAUCGACAGGCUCAGAAUGUGUAGCUGAUCAGCUUGGCUUUUGGCUUGCCAAACUUGACAUCAGCAAGUAGGACUAUUGGCAACUCUUAUGCAUCUUCUCUGAUGGUGGUGCAUUCCGGGGUUGUUGAUUCAGAGUAAUGUAGAAGGGGAGGGGGUUGGCAGUUGUAGAAAGAACAUCAUUAUAUUGUAUUACGGCUGUUGGUAAUAAUAUAUUUGGACAAGCAA